ACACCGCGUCUGUAAGGAAAUGGGACGCGAACCCGCAUGACCGUUGUAAACAUUUGGCUUUUCCUGGAAAGAUUGAGCUCAAAUGGCACCGACAGGGCCACAAAUGAACAAUAAGAAGUUUACCUCGAAAGGCGGCGACUGGAAGAAGUCAACGAAUGACGCCCAUGGUGCCAAGCAGAAGCGGAAAUGGGUCCCCGAGCAAAAAGUAUACGAAGGCAGCGUGAAGGAAGGUCAGGGGUUUGCUUUAAAGAGGAAGGAAAAGGUCAAACAUGAGUACAACAAGCUGCUGCGGAGGGAGAGGAAGAAAGUCCCAAGCUCUACAGAGGCCAACGCUCUGUACAGGGACGAGUACCCUGAACACCUCCGACAUCUAUACAUGGCCGAGGCCGAGAAACUGAAGAACGAAGCCUGGACCCAUAGAUUGAACAGGAGUAAACUGAGAGUGAAGCGGCAGGAGAAGGAAGAAGAGAUGGGUGAAGAUGCUGAGGCUGCUGCUCCCGCCGCCGCUGCUGCUGCUGCUGCUGCUGCUGCUGCUGCUGCUGCUGCUGAGCCAGAUCCAGAUCCAGAAGUUACUGGUGGACCGGAGCAGACAGAUUCUGGUACUGGGAAUCCUGAAACCAUAAAAGACGCAGAGAAAGACAGUCUUCCAUUGAGUAACCGCAUGAGGAAGAAAAAGCUGAAGAAGACGUCCUACCAGAAGACAAAAGAGGAAUUUGAGGCAAUCACAGAACAACGGAGAAAGAAGAAAGAGGACUAUCUGAAAAACAGCAAGCAGAAAGAAGAAGCCAUUAAGAAGUACAAAGAUAAAAAGAUGGAGAUGUUUCAGAUGCUGAGCAAAAAGACCAAGAGAGGACAGCCCAAUCUGAACCUUCAAAUGGAGUAUUUACUUCAAAAGAUCACCCAAGGAACUGGGAAAUGACUCCCAAGUCAGAUGAUACUGGAGAAUUAUUGGACCUUUUACUUUUAUUUGACUCUGAUAUUUAAUCACUCUUUUGCAAAUGAGAGCCUGAGGACAAUCCGGAUUGUGCUUUUCAUACAAAUUAAAUGCUGUUCUUUUUCAGUAUUUGCCCCUGAAAAACAAGUAAAACUGCUCAUUUUAAACUCUGGCCACAAGAUGGCGGUGUACGACACGAAGAGAUGUAAAAACAUGCUCAUGUUAGACUUUUAUUAAUAAAUGUUUUAGCUUCCUGAAAAGCGCUGUUCAUUUCAAAUGGUCAACACAUCCCAGUCGUAGCUUAUUACCAUGACACAAAAUAACCAAUUUAGCAACGGUAAUCUUAAAAUUUUGAUUUUAUUAAACCAUACAUAUUUGAUAA